AUGGGUUCUAGUCCGUCUUCGGCAUGCGCGGUGGGCGGCGACAUCCUCGCAGCCGCGUCAAGCUCCUCCUCCACCGUGCACAGAUGCUAUUUCCCAAUGUGGGUUGUCAAGGUCUCCGACUUCUUGAAGAUGAAGGGACCUCCCGAGCCUCACGGCGCGCUGCAAGCGCAGGCCCUGCUUCACGAAUGGUCUCCGGACAUGUUCGUGAUCUUCGUUUCGCACCAAUGGCUCAGCUACACACACCCAGAUCCGCAGGGUCAGCAGGUGGAGGUGCUUCGGAAGACGCUGGCCGGCUUGAUUGAUGGGUCCCUGCAUGUCACGGAGGAGGUCGUAGCCCUAACCGAUGAGAUGACGAUGUCCGCGAACACGCGCCGGCACAUCGCCAAUGGGUAUCUCUUCUUGGAUUGGUUUGCCAUCCCACAAAUCACGGCGCGGCAGGAAGGGGUGAAUGAGCAGACGAUCAAGAGCGACGCGGCCUUGGCUGUUCAAAGCAUUCCGGCAUACGUGGAGCUUUCGAGUCUGUUCGUCGCACUGGUGCCAGAUUUGAUGCACAAAGAUUCGUCAGAGCUGGUGCAUUAUGCGACAUGGCUGUCUAGAGGGUGGUGCCGCGCGGAAUUGUGGUGCUGGCUAUUGUCAAACAAGAUCGACACCUCGGUCAUCGUCGUGUAUUCCCCUGUGCAGGCGGAGUAUAUGUUCCCGCUCGACUGGCAGCACAACAGCAUUGUGAAGGGAGACUUCACGGUCGAAGCAGAUCGCGAAACAGUCGUUCAUCUCGGAGAAGUGGCCGUGGAAAGCAAGAUCCAUCAUUUGCAGCUGUUGGGCCCGCUGAGCCACUACCGCUUUUACGCGGCCUUGCGGCCAAAACUUUUAUGCCAAGCCUCGGCAAAUCGAGAACUGAAAGGAUUCUUGCAUCAUUUUCAUUUCAGCAGCCUGGAAGAAGCUGUAUGUGACACGAGCAGCAUGAGUGGAGUGAUGUGUGCUGUAUUGUCUGGCGACACGGGCAUGUUACGCUUACUGGCAGAGAGCAGGGCGGACAUGAAUCAAACCAUGCACGGCCUCAGUGACUUGGGGUAUUAUGACACGCAGACGAUGCUCAUGGCAGCCAUAAAGUCGAGGCAAGACCCUUCCAUGCUGACUACGCUCAUUGAGCUGCGUGCAGAUGUCAAUGGACGCUCCAGGACAGGUCUGCCGGCGUUGUACAUGUGCAGGUCUCCCGACCACGUGAAGGUACUGCUGGAAAGUCGCGCGCACCUUGCAAGCUACGCCUUGCUGGGUGCUGCAUCCUUUGCGGGCCCAGACACGGUCCAGGCGCUUCUCAGCGCCCGGUGUCAUCCCGGCGGGAUGGGCACUGCUGUCUAUGGCCCUUUGCAUGCGCUGGCCGUUUUCGGGCGGAGCAAUCGCCAAGCUGUUGAGUCUGCAAAGCUCCUGCUGGAGUGCCGCGCGGAUGUGAACAUGCGGUGCAGCCCGACAGGCAAGACUCUCUGGGAUGCUCGCUGGUCUCGUCUCCGAGAGGCUCUUGUGGGCACCGCGAACUGCACCAUGCGGACCCGAUGGUUGGCUUCCAUGCCCGGCAUGUCACCCUUGGGCUGCGCAGCCUUCGCCGGACAUUGGCAGCUCGCGCAGCUGUACCUGGAUUAUGAGGCCGAGCCGUCCCCCAACGAUCGGGGCGAAUGGCCAGAAGAUCUGGCCCGCAACAAUCACCAUCAUCACCUUAUGCCCUUGCUGGCCACCUUCGCCACAUAG